AUGAGGUUCUUAAGCGCGGUCUUGUUGGCAGUGUCUGCGGUGUUUGCGGAAGUGGUGGAGUUGACGGACGACAACUUCGUGGGCACGACAAAGAUCGGAACGGGCGAACAGACGGAGCGGUGGUUCGUGAAAUUCUUUGCUCCCUGGUGCCCACAUUGCAAACGCAUGGCGCAGACCUGGGUGGACCUGAGCGAAGAGCUUGGAGAGGGACCCGACGGCACGGCUCUUCGUGUCGGCGAAGUCGACGCUACUACACAAGACGCCCUUAAAACCAAAUUCGACAUCACCGGAUUCCCGCGCAUGUAUCUCUUCGAUACCGACGGAAAGGUGUACAAGUAUCCGGGCGCGCGGACCGUGGAGGGUUUCAGCGCCUUUGCUUUGGGCGGUUAUAAGUCGUUCGACCCCGUCGCCACGACGCUUUGA